GCAAAAUUUCAAAUUACUCCAAGUCAAACUUUAUAGUUUCAAGCACAUGUUUCUAACAAAAAUAUAAAAUUUUGCAGGGGUAAAAUAAAAAACCCUUGUUUCAGUCACACAACCUUCACUCUCUUCAAUCAAUGGCUUCCUAUCUUCUUCACCCAUCAACAAUCUUUACUAAAAUCUACCCAAAAAAACUUCAUUUCCAACCCUCAAACACCCAAAUCCCCAAAAUCAACCCAACCCAUUUCAUUUCAAGACCCUAUUUCCCCAACAAACCCUCAAAAAUUCUCAAUUUCCCUCAAAACCCAUGUUCCACAACCACGAAAUCUUCACAAUCACCAUCACCCACAAGUGGGUUUCUUGAUAAUCUUGAAAAAGAUGAAUCUUUUUCAUCUUCUUCAUCAAUUCAAGACUCCCCAGUGAAAUUCUUGUUCUGGGUGUGUUUAUGGGCCUCUGUUUCCGUAGCUUUGUUUGCAUUUUCUCCUGAUGAUGCUAAGGCCCAACAAGCAGAAAGUGCUGUGAAAUCCAUUAAAGCUUCAGGCUUUGGGCUUAAAGUUGCGGGCUUUUUGAGAGGGUCGGGUUGGCCCGACCCGGUUGUGGUGUUUGCUUUGGCUACAUUGCCUGUUAUUGAGCUUCGUGGGGCUAUUCCUGUUGGGUAUUGGUUGCAGCUUAACCCUGUUGUUCUCACUGCUUUAUCUGUUUUAGGGAACAUGGUGCCGGUGCCUUUAAUCGUACUCUACUUAAAACCACUUGCAACUUUCCUGGCUGGGACCAACAAGACAGCAGCUCGGCUGCUAAACCUAUUGUUUGAGAACGCAAAGCAAAAAGCGGGUCCCAUUGAAGAGUUCCGAUGGCUCGGUCUAAUGCUGUUUGUAGCAGUACCAUUCCCAGGUACCGGUGCAUGGACCGGAGCCAUUAUAGCUUCAAUUCUUGAUCUCCCAUUUUGGUCAGCUGUAUCUGCAAACUUUUUUGGGGUUGUGUUGGCCGGGCUUUUGGUCAACAUGUUGGUCAACAUCGGGCUCAAGUAUGCUGUUGUUGCUUGUAUUGUAAUGUUCAUUGCUUCCGGGUUCAUGUGGAGCUUACUUCGUGUUUUGAAACAACGUUUGAGCUCAUCGUCGUAAUGUUGUUUCCGAAAUGUACUGAUUUAUAACUAAAUAAACAACCCUAAUCCGAUUCUUUGAUUUCAGGUUGUCUUAUA